CCCUCCCCGAUUCCCGCUGCCCGCCGCCUGCCCGGGUGGAAGGGGCGCUGCCGCGAGCCCCCGGGCCUCAGGGUGCCCCGGAGAGCGGCGCCCCGGGUCUCCGGGCCCACCCGCGCCUGGCGUCCUCCGAGAGUGGGGGCUGCGCCCGCGGGGUCAGACACCUGUUCGGCCCUGCCCGGCGUGGUCGCCGGGGGCCAGGAUGAAAGUGACCGUGUGCUUCGGUAGAACGGGCAUCGUGGUGCCCUGCAAGGAGGGCCAGCUGCGCGUCGGCGAGCUCACCCAGCAGGCGCUGCAGCGGUACCUGAAGACCCGGGAGAAGGGUCCUGGUUACUGGGUGAAGAUUCAUCACUUAGAAUAUACAGAUGGAGGAAUCCUGGAUCCAGAUGAUGUCUUGGCAGAUGUUGUUGAAGAUAAAGACAAGCUGAUUGCUGUGUUUGAAGAACAAGAACCACUCCACAAGAUUGAGAGCCCCAGUGGAAACCCUGCAGAUCGGCAGAGCCCAGAUGCUUUUGAGACAGAAGUGGCGGCGCAACUGGCAGCAUUUAAACCAAUUGGUGGGGAGAUUGAAGUAACCCCUUCUGCUCUGAAACUAGGCACUCCACUGCUGGUGAGAAGAAGCAGUGACCCAGUGCCAGGCCCACCUGCUGAUGCCCAGCCAAGCUCUUCACACCCUGGUGGCCAGGGUCUGAAACCGGUUAUUCCAGAUUCCACACAGAACUUGGAAGACAGAGAAGUUAUGAAUGGUGAACAGACAGAACUAGUUACAUCGCCAAAAACUAAGGACACAUUGAGUGAUAUGACAAGAACAGUAGAGAUUUCUGGGGAAGGAGGCCCAUUGGGAAUACAUGUAGUGCCCUUCUUUUCAUCUCUAAGUGGAAGGAUUCUAGGACUCUUCAUCCGAGGCAUUGAAGAAAAUAGCAGGUCCAAGCGAGAGGGACUAUUUCACGAAAAUGAAUGUAUUGUCAAAAUCAACAAUGUGGACCUCGUAGACAAAACCUUUGCUCAGGCUCAGGAUGUCUUCCGCCAGGCAAUGAGAUCCCCAAGUGUGCUCCUCCACGUGCUUCCUCCACAAAACCGUGAACAGUAUGAAAAAUCAGUCAUUGGACCUCUUAAUAUUUUUGGUAACAGUGAUGGCAUUUUGAAAACAAAAGUGCCGCCUCCUGUCCAUGGAAAAUCGGGAAUAAAGACAGCAAAUCUCACAAGAACUGAUAGUCCUGAAACAGAUGCAUCAGCUUCCCUGCAACAAAGCAAGAGUCCCCGAGUACCAAGACUGGGAGGAAAACCAUCCUCUCCCUCACUCUCCCCUCUCAUGGGAUUUGGCAGCAAGAAAAAUGCAAAGAAAAUUAAGAUUGACCUAAAGAAAGGCCCUGAAGGACUUGGUUUCACUGUGGUUACCAGAGACUCUUCCAUACACGGUCCUGGUCCCAUUUUUGUAAAAAACAUUUUACCAAAGGGAGCAGCAGUAAAAGAUGGCCGCCUACAAUCAGGAGACAGAAUUUUGGAGGUAAAUGGGAGAGACAUCACUGGACGAACCCAGGAAGAGCUCGUGGCCAUGCUCAGGAGCACCAAGCAGGGGGAGACAGCAUCACUGGUCAUUGCCCGCCAAGAAGGACAUUUUUUGCCACGAGAGUUGAAAGGAGAACCUGACUGCUGUGCACUCUCCCUGGAGACCACCGAACAGCUCACCUUUGAGAUACCCCUGAAUGAUUCAGGUUCUGCUGGCCUCGGGGUGAGCUUGAAAGGGAACAAAUCUAGAGAAACUGGAACAGACUUGGGGAUUUUUAUCAAAUCCAUCAUUCAUGGAGGUGCUGCUUUUAAGGAUGGUCGUCUGCGAAUGAAUGACCAGCUGAUUGCAGUUAAUGGGGAAUCUCUUUUGGGAAAGUCCAACAACGAAGCUAUGGAAACACUUAGGCGGUCAAUGUCCAUGGAGGGAAACAUACGAGGGAUGAUCCAGCUGGUGAUUCUGAGGAGGCCAGAGAGGCCAAUGGAGGAUCCUGCAGAGUGUGGGGCAUUUUCCAAGCUGUGCUUUGAGAACUGUCAAAAUACUGUAACCACCUCUAGGCGAAAUGAUAAUAGUACCCUGCAUCCACUUGGCACUUACAGUCCACAAGACAAACAGAAAGACCUAUUGCUGCCCAAUGACGGAUGGGCCGAGAGUGAAGUUCCACCUUCUCCAGCACCACAUUCUGCUCUGGAAUUGGGCCUCGAAGAUUACAACCACAGCUCUGGGGUGGAUUCAGCAGUAUAUUUUCCAGAUCAGCACAUCAACUUCAGAUCUGUGACACCAGCCAGGGAGCCUGAAUCAAUUAAUUUGAAAGCCUCGAAGAGCAUGGACCUUGUGCCAGAUGAAAGUAAGGUUCACUCACUGGCUGGACACAAAUCAGAAUCUCCAAGCAAAGAUUUUGGUCCAACUCUGGGUUUGAAAAAGUCCAGUUCCUUGGAGAGUCUGCAGACUGCAGUGGCUGAGGUUCGGAAGAAUGACCUUCCCUUUCACAGGCCCCGGCCACACAUGGUUCGAGGCCGAGGCUGCAAUGAGAGCUUUAGAGCUGCCAUUGACAAAUCCUACGAUGGACCUGAAGAAUUAGAAGCUGACGGUCUGUCUGAUAAGAGCUCUCACUCUGGCCAAGGAGCUCUGAAUUGUGAAUCUGCCCCUCAGGGGAACUCGGAGCUAGAGGAUGUGGAAAAUAAAGCCAGAAAAAUCAAAAAAGCAAAAGAGAAGGAGAAGAAAAAGGAAAAGGGCAAAUUGAAAAUCAAGGAGAAAAAGCGCAAAGAGGAGAAUGAAGAUCCAGAAAGGAAAAUAAAGAAGAAGGGUUUCGGCGCCAUGCUGAGAUUUGGAAAGAAGAAAGAGGAUAAGGGUGGAAAGGCUGAGCAGAAAGGUACUCUGAAGCAUGGUGGCCUGAGAGAAGAAGAGCUGGAGAAAAUGAAAGAAGAGCGUGAAAGCUACCUACCUUGGCCUUGGAGUGUGAAUACUUAAUGACAUUACAGUGCAUCUGAAGGGAAUUGGUUGCUGUCCCAAGGAACCUGACCCCUUUCCCAGGCACAAACAAACUCCUGCCUCUUUCUGCUUUGUGUCCUUUGUCAGCAUCUCAUAUUGAGAGUUAGAGAGGCUGAAGUGGUUUGGGCUAUUGCAGAGAAGUCUGCUUCUCCAAGAGGUCAUGGAAAAGUCCCCUCAACUGUAUUAAACAACAGUAACAACAAUGAGCUGUUGAGAUGGAAGAUAUUAGUAUUCAUGUUCUUGGAGACACAUAAUUUCUGAAUUAUGAUUUCUUGAAGCAGAGGUUAUUAAAUUAUGACAGGUUAGAGACAAAUGGAUCAGUGAUAAUUGCUUUGAUCAAAGUCAUUCCUCUCUCUCAAACUUUCAGUGACUGUCUAUUACCUGGUGCAUACAGUCUAAACUCCUUGGCCUAACAUAUCUAACUGUCACCUUCUAAUCAUAAUUUCUGCUCCUGACCAAUAUGACCUCUAUGCUCAGCCAAUCUGGAAUGUUCGUACUUUUUGAGAUUACCACUUUCCAGUCACUGGGCCAUUUCUAAUACCAUUUCUCCUGUCUAGAAUACCCUUCUCCUGUCUGGGUUGGUCCAAAUGAAUGGAAAUUCAGUGAAACCUUGCUUUCUCCAUUAUACUUCCCCAAGCUACCAAGUUGAAAGAUAAUUCUCCCAUUACAUAUCCAGGGUCAAGUUGCUUGAUUGUGAUAAUUUUCAGUUUCUUUACCUACAAAAUGCGUAUAUAACCAUCAUAGUAAUGUUUUGAGGAUUAAAUGAGACUCUGAAGUGAGGCAUUCAGAAUAGUGCCAGGCACAGAGAUAGCUAAUAAAUGGUGAACUUACUAUUUUCCUUAGUCUUUCUUUGAAAGAGAAUGUAUAUGAAUAUCAAACUGUUGGGUUCAAAGCCUGCCUCUUCCCUGUACUAGCUAUGUGAUGGUGCAUGUUUUGAGAAAACUUUCUGAUCUUGAUCAUUUGAAGGGAAAAAAAGGGAUAAAAAUAUCUAGCCUUCAGAGUUCUUAUAAAAUUUACAUAACAUGAAAUACUUAAAGCAUCUUGAACUGUGCUUGGCAUAUAAUAGACACACUUUGUGAUUAUUACUGUUGUCACUUUUCUGCAUUGAAUUGUAUAUAUUUGUAAUUUACAAACAUAUCUUCUCUCCCUUACUACCAUGCCAUUUCCUUGGCUUGGGGAUGAUAUCAUAAGCAUUUUUCUAUUUCUCUCAGUAUCUAAUAUAUUAUGUUUCACAGAAUAGGCACUCAAUAAUAAGUUGCUGAAUAAUGGAUGAAUGAAUGAAUGAAUGAACAACUAUAAAACCAUACUGAUUUUAAUUUUAUUUUUGAAUAAUUGCCACAAUGGAAAUAAGAGGUAGAAUGGACUAAAUCAGUGGUCGACAGAGCUAUAGUGUUUAGAGAUAUAAAUAAGACUUUCCCUGGGCUAUGAAAUGGUGUCAAGAAAUAUGAGGUCAUUUGUAACAGGCAGGAGGACAGUGGAAAUGGAUCACUGAAGCAUAGUGGCCAGUGUGUCAGGACUAUCAGCACUUGUUUCCCUGUCACUGAACCAGAUCCUGAGAGACACACCCUUAAAGUGAAUGUUAUUUCAUCCACUUCACAAGGAAAUGAAAAUGCUGUGGGCCCAGAGAGAGGUUUGUUGUUGUUCUGAAUUUGCGCUUGUGUCCCCAUCCUCUUUCAUUGACUUAAAUUUAAUCAGAUGAAAUUAUUUUUAAGUACCAUUUGUUUUAACCUUUUAAAACGGAAGAAUCGCCUUUUUAGGGAAAAUUGAAUUUGAUUGUAUGGAUGAGACACAUUGUCCUUGGUUUAUUCUUUGUCACAUGAGGAUAUUUUUGUGCCAUAUUUUGAGUCAAUUCAGUCAGAAUUCAUGGUGCUGAUUGUAUUUCAGGGGGAAGGCAUAAAAAACUAAUAUAAAUGGAGAAUCAUGAAAAAUGGCAACAGCUAUUUGUGAUAUUCAGAUGCUAAGGGCUAUUCUCUCAAGGAGGCAAUCAGACUAAACUCUCCAAGUCCGUGAUGAGGAGUCCACAUCACAAUUCCAUUAGAACCUUUAUCUUACCAGAUAUUUCUAACAUAUACUCUCCUGCAAUUGCAUGUGUUUUAUUCAUGUCUAAGUCCUAAUUCUCCUGAAGCAUAGAUUGUAACUCGUUUCAUUUUCUUACAUCUCUGUAAAGAGAAGAUAUUCGGUGAAGUCCUGGUUGACUUAAAAGUAUAAAACAGUAUUAAAUUUUGAAUAGGUUGCUUAAUUUCAAAAACUGACAACAUUUUAAUAAGCAAUAGACAACAUUUCUAACUAUUAAAAUAUCUUGUCAAACAUUCUUCUUUUUGAAAGUAUACUGGCCUCCUUGAGAAUUACCUUGAUUAUAAAUUAGCCAGGCACGGUGCCACAUGCCUGUAAUCCCAGCCACUCGGGAGGCUGAGGCAGGAGAAUCGCUGGAACCCGGGAGGUAAAGGUUGCAGUGAGCCAUUGCACUAUGCCUUGAGCAACAUGAGUGAAACUCCGUCUCAAAGAAAAAAAAAUUACCUUGAUUAUAAUAGUAUGCACCAGUUCUUAAAAGUAACGCACAAAUGAGUAGAUGAGGAAUUGCUUAGACUAAUCAUUUUUUGAAAUAAUAGUGGACUCUAUUAUUGACAGCAUCAACAGCUAAUUAAAAAUUCUAUUAGUGAAGAUGUAAAAGAUGGCACAUUUCCAAUCCAGAUUGACACUGAGAACAUAGACAUAAUUGAUAUUUGUUCAAUAAUCCUAAAAUGUUUCACAGUCCCUAAUAGAGGCUUUGAUUGCCAGAAAAAGUUUCAAGUGCUAAAUAUAUAUAUUCUAGGCACUUAAAGAUAUUUUCAGAUCAAAUAGUGCACCUUUGCAAAAAAAAAAAGUGUAAGAUUUUAGCUGAAUGAGCAUCAAAGGACAUUUUAGUGGGUUGACUUUGUUUUAAAGAAAAACACUGAGUUAAGAUAAUGUAUGGUGUAAUUCAUAUGUUUUUAAUCUGAUUAUAGUGAAUGUAAUAAGAAAGUCAAAAAAGGAUAAUUUGCUAGUUGGACUUUUAAAUUUCAGAGCCGCAUUUUGUAAUGGUCACAUAAAUGAAUGCAUAUUGAAAAAAUAUGCAACUACCAUUAAAUAUUCCACUUUGGAAAAACAAGAUCAUAGCUUUAACAAAAUGCUUCAAUAUUAUAGUUCACUGCUUUUGACAAUAUUAAACCCAAAUUGAAUAUGUUCCUAUAUAGGGUAUUUUCACACAGCAACUUAAAAACUUGGCAUAAUAGUUUCCCUAGUUUUGAUGAUCAAUUCUAUUCCCAGUAAUUAUAGAUUUACCUCACCAAUUAUUUCAAAGGAUGGACAGAGAAGCAAAAACCUUACAGAGAAAGGUAUUAAAUGAAACCAGAACAUUUCACAGACUGUUAAGAAAUGGGCACUUAAUUCUUAAGGAAGCAUAACUCAUCUCACUAGCAAACAAAAAUUCAAUGCCAAGAAAACUGACAUUAUUCUAAAAUAUUCCUUGCCUCAAGUGUGUAUAUGACUUAAGGUAAAAAUGGAUACCUAAUAUCAUCAGUGACAAAUUCAUGCCACCAAAUGAAGAAUAUUCAGAGGUAUAAGCACACUCUACUGAAGCUAGCUGUGCAGUCCUUAUUGAUCAAUUUGAAAUAACCACCUACAGAUAUCAAUUACCUUGGUCUAUACUGCUCUUGGUCACAUAAGCUUGACUCUGCCUCAGUUCAAAGAAAUGUUUUAAAAUUGUGACAUAAUAAACUAAUAUGAUGUGUGAACCAGUAUAGGAAUUUAAGUUCUCAAAGAUAUACUGAAAGAUUUUGCUUCUAAGCAGGAGAAACACAUUUUACUAAAAUCAUGCCAACUGACACAGGAAAUUUGAGGAAGAUCUCCAAAUAUCACAGAUUAAACCCAAAAUAUGUAGUAUGUUUUUACAACUUUUUCUAGGGCAUUUGAAAGCAUAUGAAACUAUGUAGACAUGUUAUGAUUCUAUUUACAUGUUCAUUUUUACAUUGCCUUAUAAUCAGAUGAUAUAGGAAAGGAAUUUUUUUCAUCUGAAGGAAUAUGAGAAACCGUUUCAAGCAUAGACUAGCUAAGGAGUAGGGGAAUUUAUUUUAUUACAUUGUGACAUCUUGAGGGCAUGCUUCUGGUAUGAAGAAAGCUUAGCUGUCUGAAAGUAUUCUUGUUCGUGAGAAUAACUUUAAUGCUCUCACCACGAGUGUGCCUGCGUGUGUGUGUCUUUGUGUGUGACAUAGUUACAUAGAUAGAUAAUAUGCAUAUAGGCUUAACGGUGUCUGGUAAUACCCUACUUACUACAUCCCCUGUGAGCCAUUCCUUGAUGAACUGGAAAAUAACCAUUCCUCGAUGAACUGGAAAAGUAAUAUUUUAGUUUAAAUAAAUGAUUAUAUAUUACCUGUUUUCAUGCUGUAUAAAAGAAUACCAAUGAAUAGAAUUAGGUUCUUGGAGAAACAGGGAGAUGUUGAAAAGCAGUCAAGAAAAAUGUUGGGGUAAGGGGACUGGAACACCUGCAGGGAAGGCACCACUCCUUCUCGCAUACUUUUUCAUCCCUGAAAAUGUGCUGAGCCCUGGGCCUGCAGGUGAGCAGCAUGCACAAAGUGGAUUUGUUAAUUUUCUGAAAAGAAUACAGCUGGCUGGCUCAAAGAGUUAAGGCAACAUGCUAAUAAGGCUGAUAUCAUAUAAAUUAUGCCCUUUAUGGAUGAUUGAUGCAUUAAAAAUAAUCACAUAAGUACCCAUUGUGGUGCAAGUACUGUAAUAGAUGCUAAGGACUUAGGCUUAAUUUUUUUUAAAAAGAAAUAAGGUUUCUUGGUCUUGAAACAAUCUGCACUUCUUACAAGAAGCUCAAAUCUAUACCUCAAACACCAGGUAAACAUCUAAAAAUAUAUUCUGUUGGACCUUCAAGGCCUUCAAGCUAAGGGAACAAUGAACCUUUAUUUUCAGGAGGAAUACCUGAGAGAUCACCAGAGGGUAGAGCAGACUUGUCAUCUUCAUACUCAAAAAGUGGCUUAGGCAUAGUCUCUCCAUAGUUUGUUGGAUGCCUCUCUUUGCAUCUCUUCCUCAUAGCCCCUAGCCUGAUCUCCACAGGCUAGAUCCUUGCAAGAUCAAUCCAGCCUCAUUUACCUUUCACUGAGGCACAGAAAUGUUUCUGAAACUGCUCUGCAUUCAGCAGCUGGAGGCACCCUGCAGACGGGGCCUCCUCUGGAAGCCGGCCUUCUCUGGGAACCCCCAGUGGAGGCCUGUAUUGUGUCCCGCCCACUUUGUGUGCCCUUGAAAAUCUAACAAGCAUGUGUCUUCCUAAUAGGCAGCACUCCUUGGAUAAACUGUUGUUAAUCUAUAUCAUCUUGUUUUCUCUUGUGUCUUUACUUCUUUCCUCAUUUUUCAUUUUUUACAUUUUCUCAUAUGAAAGGUCACUUUAACUUGGUCACUUCAGUGGAAUAGUUCCCAAUUUCAGGCCUAAAAGCUUAUCAGAAAGAUGUGUAUUUUGAUGAAUUUUAGUACUUUUGAUCAUCUGGAGAACUAACGUAAUCUAUUUUAGGUCCCUGGACCUUUUUCCUUGAGAUGCGCUGUCACGCCUUUGAAUCUGAGGUUAAAUUGAAGUUAUAUGAAAUUUUUCCACUUAAGAGGACUUGGCUAGAUAACUUCUGUUAUGAUUCACUUUUGACUUUUUAAUUAUUUUUGGCCUGAACUCUUUAAUAAUUCAGCAAAUAUUAAUUGAGCAUCUAGGCACAUGAGGGAAAUGGCAAUAUGUGUAAAACACAAUCUAGUCCCUGCCCGCAACAAGUUCAUGAUUAAGAGAGAGCAGCGAGACCAAUACACAACUAAUUAUAAUAAAGCUGACUGUGAUAAAUGCUGAAAGAGGGUUUUAAAAUGCUGUAUGAUCACAGAGAAGGCAGCCAUGAGAAAAUAGUGUUGUAGCUGGGACAACAGAACAGACCCUCUUUACCCCCAGUAUUUCCAGACACUUGCAAUGAAAUCAUUAGAUUCAAUCAUGAAGUACGACUUAACUGUGCAGCAAAUUAAAAGAGACUUUUCAACAUUUAAAUUCUUAAUCCCAUCAAUAAUACAUGAUAUUUUUGCUGCUAACUAGAGAGAAAUUUAAGACUCAGGGAAAAUUUUUAUUUAAAAUCUACGGGAUUUUCCAAGCAAUCAUUGUGUUUUCUGUUAUAGUUUCUUUCUCCAAAGCUGACAGAAUACAGUUGAAAAGUUUAGGGCAAAACUUUCUGGGAAAAUAGCAAUUAAGUCAGGCAGAUAACUUUGGGUCAUAAAUUUAUAUUACUGAAGAUCUAUUCUUCAGACACAUACAAAAUUUAUUUAAAUAUUUUAAGUUAUAAACUAUAAUCUUAGUAGCCUAGAAUAUUUGGCCAAAAUAUUUCUAUACUUAUAAGUGGCUUACAAACUAUCCAUUUGUAUAUAGUACUAUACUACUCUCUCUAUAUAUAUAUAUAUAUGGAGAGAGAGAGUAACAUAGUACUGAUAGGGUUUGGCUGUGUCCCCCGCCCCGCAAACUAAUCUUGAAUUGUAGCUCCCACAAUUCCCAUGGGUUAUGGGAGGAACCCAGUGGGAGAUAUUUGAGUCAUGAGAGCAGGUCUUUCCCAUGCUGUUCUUGUGAUAGUGAAUAAGUCUCACAAGAUCUGAUGCUUUUAUAAGUUCUCCUUAUAAAGAAGAACUUUAUAGAGACCCCCUCCCUAGCCAUGUAAAACUGCGAGUCCAUUAAACCUAUUUUUCUUUAUAAAUCACUCAGUCUUGGGUAUUUCAUUAUCUGCAGUGUGAAAACAGACUAACACAAGCACCAUAAUAAACAAAAGGUGGAGCAAAUUGAAUUUCCAUUACAGUUUUGAAAAACUGAAGAAGCCAACUAGGGUGACCGAAGGCCAGUUUUUCCCCCAUCUAUUGACAUAGAUAGAGCAGAUGCCAGACAGCCAGAAAAAGCAAGUUCCAUUUACAAGUAGGUUCACUUUUUAAACUUCUCAGGUUAGUAAUUAUCCCAAAACUUCAUUAAUCUGCAUUCUCUUCUGAACACUACACUAGUCAGGAGGGAAACGGAGAAAGGGGAUAAUCAGGAAGAAAUAAGAAACACUUCCAAGUGCCAGGCACAUGGUGAAUGAACUUUUAGGAAUGUGGAUUCAAUGAAUGAGGUCAGGUCACAGCUAAUAUUACUUCACUGUAAUUCCUCAGUACCUCAAGGUCACAGGAUGAAAACUGCAGCAGAGAAGGGUGGUCUUCAAGUGAUGUCCCUCCCUCUUUAAAAAAGAAAAAUCUGUUCAGUGAAUGUGAUUAGAGCAAAUUAAAGGAUUAGUAUAUUUUCGAAAGAUUUGCAGCCAACAGAUUCAAACCAAAAGUAUUUGCUGCUUUGCUCUCGAUCAAGCAGAAAAUUCAAUUAACCAUUAACACACCUGUUCUCCUGAGCAUUCUGGCCCAUCCAGGUUAUAUAGCAUUGAUUAAAAGUCUCUACUCUCUGUCUAGGGUUCCAAGUGGAAUUGAGGAGUUAAAAGAAGCUGUGUUUAUGUUUUUCAAGAGCUACUAGUGGUGUGUGCAUGUGAAGACUGCAUAAGUAUCUCUUUGCUCUCAAUCUCUCCUGUCUCAGGUGUGGAUGACUGUUACUGUUAUUCCUAACAAUUGUCAUUUAUGUUCCAGCCACACUCUUCUAGUGGCUUUUGUGGUAUUAAGUCAUUUAGCCUUCUUCCUUUGGGGUAGGUACUAUUAUAUCUCUCAUAUACAGGUGACAGAAAGGUUAAAUAAUUUGUCUAUGGUACAAAAUUAGAAAGUGGCAGAGCUCAGUUUCCAUCCCAGGCUGUUUGGCUCCCCACAUCACCAUGCUUUUCCAUUCUGAAAUAGCAGUGUUCACAUACCCAUCAACACCUCCAGGUCUGCUCUGAAAAAGGCUUCGCUUCAGUGGAACUGUCUGGGCGAGGAUGCUGCUGCCUCCCAUGAAGAUCUUAAGGCAGAAAUAUAAAUGUAAAUUUUGCUCAUUAAAACCAUAAUUAAUUUAUUGAAAGUGAAUUGUUAUUAUUUCAGGGAUGAAUGCAUAUUGGAAUAUGCUGAUUAUUUUAAUGAACCAAGAACCUCUUCUGGGAUACUUCCCUUGUAUUAUUUGCAAGCAGGUCACUGUAGAUUUUCUAAGAGUGGGAAUGAAAAGAUUGCUGCUCAUUUUCAAGUUUUGCUUUAUUAAAAAUGCAAAGGAGGCUGGGCACUCUGGCUCACUCCUGUAAUCCCAGCACUUUGAGAGGCCAAGGUGGGCAGAUCACAAGGUCAAGAGAUCGAGAUCAUCCCGGGGCCAACAUGAUGAAACCCCAUCUCUACUAAAAAUACAAAAAUUAGCAGUGGUGGUCGCCUGUAGUCCCAGUUACUCGGGAGGUUGAGGCAGGUUCAUUGCCAGCCACUGCCUGAACCCGGGAGGCGGAGGUUAUAGUGAGCCAGGAUUGCGCCACUGCACUCCAGCUUGUGUGAUACAGUGAGACUCUGUCUCAAAAAAAAAAAGCAAAAGCAAACGUGUGCUGUAUAAUGUAUUCUGGGAGUUGAUGAGACAAUUAAUCUUUGUUUAAAGAAGGCCUAACAUCAUCUGCUUACGACUCACUGUUCUUCUAGGUAGUCAUUUCUUGCACUACAGAUGUCAGCUGCCAGGACUAGUUUGUGUGGAUGCUGUGCCUACACAAUGUAGGAACAUUGUAGCAUCUCCAAUGUAAUUGUUAUGUUUAACAUUUAGAACCAUUUAUAUAGGUUUUCUCUCCUGUUCCACUGUAUCCCAUAUUUAAUCUCCUCAAGACAUACAGAAGAAAAGCUGCCAGAAUUUGAUUUAAUUUUUUUCUUCAUAUGUUAUAGGGUCUGAUAAUUUCAUUGUUCAUAUUUCUACAUUGCAGGAAAGAUGAGCAAAGACAUACUGACCCAGGUUAUGAAUGAAAAUAGUGCACACCUAAAUACUUCUCUUUAGGUCUCACCAUCAAUUCCAUUCAUUCAUAAUCAGUGUUACUUUCCCAUUGCUGCUGUGACAAAUAACCAUGUACUCGGUAUCUACAAAACAACAAAUAUUUAUUCUCUUAACAUUUUGGAGGCCAUCAUUCUGAAGUUAGUUUCAUUGGGCUAGACUCCGCUGGGCUGAUUCCUUUUGCAGACUCGACAUCAUUGGCUUUUACUUGGCUGCCUGUAUUCCUGGCUCAUGGCUCCUUCCACCAUUUUUAAAAUGCACCUCUCCAGUCUCUGCUUCCAUUGUCACUUGGCCUUCUCUCUCAGACCCUGCUUUGUCUGUUUCCAUCAUCACAUUAUUGAGUGCCUACUGUCUCCCAGGCACUGUGCGAGAUAUUAGGGUUCUAGCAAUAGACAAGGCAAAUAAGGUCCCUGCUUCCAUGAAGCUUCCAUUCUUGUAAACAGAUAAAUAAAAAAGAUAAAUCAAGUAAUGAUAGGAGUAUGAAGAAAAUAAACUAGAGAAAUGUGAUAGAAAGAUAGGACUGGGAAGAAUGCCUAAGAUGUCAAGAUCCAAUCUCAGUGAUGAGCCAGUUGCAAGAAGGGGGUUUCAGGCAGAAAGAACUGCAAGAGCUAAUCAGGCCUCAGGCAAAAAAAAGCUUUGUAAUUGGAGUUGAAUAACUAUGGGUGAGCAGACAUAAGCCAGAGUCACAGAGGAAGCAGUGACCAAGUGGAUAGCCUCGCAGAUCAUUGCAGGGAGGUUAGAUUUUAUCUACGUGUUAAAGGAAGACAUGGAAGUGUUACCAGCAGAGAAGCAGUUAAAAAGUGACUGUUAAAGAGAUUGUUUGACUGCUGUUUAAUGACUAGAUUCUCCAUGAAAGGAAGAGAUAUCUAGCCACAUCCUUCCUCCUUUUUAAAAAGUGUGUUUCCUUGCUGCAGUUACAUCAAGUCUGAAUCAAAUCUAAAUUUUGGGUCGUAAUGUACGUCAUUGAAGGAUGUUUCCCCAUAUCUAGAAACUCAGACAUCCACAGUACCCUGAUAGCCACAAUAAAAAAUGACAAUCCCUCCCUUCUUUCAAACACUUUAUGGAUCGGUUAGCAACUUGCAGUUCCAACAGGAGAUCAAACAAGUCUAUUUUCAAACAUGAAGAGAUUUUCUAUUGUAAUUAUAUGCAAAACCUGGAGCAAAGGGCAACUAGGUAGGCCAAGGAAUAGGGAGCCAGCUGAGUGACAGAAUGCCAUGGUCUGGACUGAGAAUAGGCACUGCAAAGAAUAGGCUUAGCUUGUGUCUAUUGGUCUUGGUGGAGGGACAAACGAGGGUAGAUCAGACAGUAAGCUCUGGUGUACAGAUAGCCAUUGCCUAUCCUAACAAAUGAAACAUCCUCACUGUAGUUCUCAAGGCCAUGUGUAUGUAGCAUAUGGUCCUCUAUAAAAGCUUCCUUCAUACUCCUCUUCACCCAGGUUUGAACCAAUGGCCAUGAUAGAACAUUUCUCCUCAACAUCCAGUGGAGUAGGAUGAGAUCAUUUCUGGUAGUUAUCUUGUCCCCUAGCUACACAACAGUCUGACAGAAUUACCAUAGACACAGCAGACAUCAUCGGGAUCAGCUUGUCGAACCUUCUCUGAUGGCUGCUUAGCAGAGAUUGUCUAAGGUAGUUUUUGGCCCUGCCCAUGCUGUGUCCUCAGUGUGUGUGUGGUAGAGGGAAGAAGGCCAGAUGAUAAGGAUGCUCACCUCAGGCUUGGGCCCCUGUUAAGGAAGUCCUUCUCACUACCAUUUUGGAGGUAGGUGGGGACCUUAGUUUGCAGACCUGAUAGAAAAGCCUGUGGUUCUUCCACCUGAUACUCAUGUGUCCCUGGUCCUUUUCAUCUAGCCUAGUUCAGUUCUGAGUACCUAGUAAAUAUUCAAUAAAUGUUGGAAUCAAACCAUAUUGGCUGACAUGCCCCAUUUCUUGGCAUAUGUCUGGACUUGUGAGAACAUUCUAUAUGCUUUCUCCAGAGCAAUACCAUCUUAAGAAGCCAAAAAUGACAAGGCUAAUAAGCACCAUAGAAAAUACUGUGGUUUACAUAUGUUCAUUACAACCCUAUUCACAGUAGGGUUCACAACAUGGAAUCACAUUUACAACAUGGAAUCAACAUACAUGUCCAUCAAUGGCAGACUGGAUAAAGAAAAUGUGGUACACAUACACCAUGGAAUACUCUGUCUGCAGCCAUAAACAUGAACAGGAUCUUGUUCUUUGCAAGAGCCUGGAUGGAAAUGGAGGCCAUUAUCCUUAGCAAACUAACCCAAGAGCAGAAAACCAAAUACCACAUGUUCUCAUUUAUAAGUGAGAGCUAAAUGAUGAGAGCACAUAGAGAGGAACAACACACAGUGGAGACUUUUGGAAGAUGGAGGGAGGGAGGACGGAGAGGAUCAGGAAAAAUAGCUAAUGGGUACUAAGCUUCAUACCUGGGUGAUGAAAUAAUUUGUACAAAAAAGGCCCAUAACACAGAUUUACCUAUGUAACAAACCUACACUUAAAGCCCUGUACUUAAAAGUUUAAAAAAAAUACUGUCAUUGAAUACAAUAUUUUUGCGGACCUAUUUUAAGUCUUCUGCGUGAAUAGGAUAGGAGGGAAAAGACUACACCCUCUGUGUCUUUUAAAACUCUCUAUGAUGCAGAGAAUGUGACUUUUCAGAAUAUGAGUUCCCCAUACCUUUGGACUAGAUGGAAACCUCAGGUAUGAAGGGUCUGUGUUUAUUCCUCUCCUAGGUAUUGUCGUGGUUCUAUAUGUAAGGUGGUUUAUCCAGGCUCUGUGGAAGUUGGUGGUACCUCUGGAGCUCUUCAUAAUCCCGGAGUUCUUUCAAUGAAGAUUCUCUGUAACCUGCGGAUGAGUGUCCAGGGCCUUGGGAAGUCUGGCAUUCAGGGCCAAGGAAACAAAGGAAAUAGAGCAGCACAUGCUGUGUGGACAGCCUGUGAUUUCCAUGCUUCAGCACAUUUUUAUGUGAGUCAGCUUUGAGAGACAAAGAUCAAAGAUGUGUCCAGGAGAGCACCGGCCAGGUGUGAAAUUCUGGGUGACAGAAUAGAAAGAAAAGAAAGGUCUGAAGGGAAAGGAAAGGAAAUGUAGCUAGUUUCCAUUUAUUCUCUUUAUUUUUCCUGUUUCCUCUUCAGGAAGUUUACGUAGCUUACAAUACCUCAAACAUUCAACAGAAAGGGUUGAUCCUCAUUCUUUUCCACAUGAUGAUAAGCACCACCAUGCCAAGGGCCUAUCAUUUAUUUUUCAGAUACAACCUUUGGCAGUCCCUAAGAUUAAAUGAUGCUGUGCUCCAGAAAAUUUUAAUACAGAAAAUGUACUUUGUUUUCUGCUUUGGUCUGUGCUACAAAAAGUGGACACAUAUAAACUGGGGGAAUAUAAAUAAAAUAAAUGCUAUUUCUUGCCACUUACAAAUGUCAUUAACAGUAAGAAUAAAGCACAUCAGCAAGUUACAAAUUUUAUCCAACCAGCAGGGCUCCCUCAAGGGCAGAUUCUUAGAGCUCUUUCUUCAGUGUUAGCUUGGCCAGCAGCCUAAGGAACAUCAUUUAAUGCCUUCAAUGCUAAUGACAUCUUUUGUAGAGGGACUGUCUAGGACUGUUAUAAAGGAACUAGUUGUUAUCAGAGAACAUCAUAAGCACUCUGCAGGUUGUUCCCUGUCACAUCCCCACCUCUCUUUGGGGCUAAUUUUCUAAGAAAAGCUAAAAAUGUUUACUAAGCAUUUCUGAGAAACUUGUCCACAUUAUGAGAAUACAAAUUACAGGAACUCAGUGCAUUAGCAAUGAGGAAGGCUUAAUGGGUCUGGGAAAGGUAUAAAUUUAGGGAAAAUGUAAAUUGCAGUGGUUGGAGAGCCUUCAAGGGCAGUUCUCUUGAAAUGGCAGCGUUUAGUAGCAAUGGAAAGAUACUAAAGAAUCUUGCCAUUUGGCAUUGUAAAAACUGCAACUCAUCAGUAGGAAUUGCAAAUCUCAUUAGUUUAGAAUAUGAAAUAGACUCCGUGUAAACACACACACACACACACACACACACAUUUUUGAUAUGGGGAAUGUGCUUGGUUCCAGGCCAUGGAAGAUAUGGAAGUAUUUUCUGUGGUCAUCCCACCCAGGCAAAGAACCUUUUAACUUUUCAGGAUUCUCUAGAAUUAGAAUGUUCUGAGCCCACACUUGAGUCUCAGAAGCUUCCCAAACUCUAUUGCCUUGACCUACUUUAAUGAGCAUGUAGGAUUUAGAUAAAAAGAACAUCAGCAUGCUUUUUGCUCCAUGAUCUUUGGCAAACCAUAGACUAUGUAAGCACAAUAUCCACAUACUGGAUUCUGCAAACCAUGAAGAACUCACCGUGUUGUGUGUGCAAAGAGGAAAUCAUAAACAAAGAGUCAAUUAAUUACAUUUAAAAAUUGCGUGUCAGUGGAGUAUCAAAUUUACUAUACAGGCAUAAAUGUGUUUGUUUUUUAUGUAUUUAUAUCAAGAAAAGUGAUAAAUUAUCCCAUCAAUCUAGUUCCCUUAGAAUGUCAGAUCUGGUUUCGUCUGACAAAAAAAAUGGGCGGUACAGAAGGAAAUCAUUUAGGAAAUAUUAUAGACACCAGACAGGAAUGAGGCAAUGGUGAAAAAUAUUAAUGCAGUUAAAAUAGUUUUGUUGAAAAGAUGAAACAUAUUGCACGUGACAUUGUCUUGGCUGGUCAGUGUAAUAAUUUUGAUAAUACUAGUACUACUACCACUAGUAAAAAACUCAUAUUGUUCCUGACCAGGUAUAGCUUGCAGCUUUGAAUCUGCAUUGAUAGGGAAAAGCUGAAGAAACUGAGCCCCUGUUCUCUGGAACAAAGGAUAAUUGUAGUGACCUAAUUGUAGCUUCGAUUACAAAAGCAGAAAUGAUAGCCAGGCAAAUUAUCUCUGCUGUCAAUAAAGAAAGCUAUACAGCAGGUAGUUCAUAAUCUCUUUUAAUGAUACUACUUCUUUUACCCCAAAGCUCUCCGAGAAAAACCUUUCCUGACCUCAACUACUGUCACCACUAUAGGGAGCAAACCUUCUCUUUAUUCUCUAUUCAUCUCUGACUCUGUUGUUUGGGUUCAUACAGUAGCAGCAAAGAGAAUUUUACUGCCUACAAAUUCCUAGUACUGGCCACGUCAAUCAGAACUAUACUAUUGCGGAGACAUUCUGCAUGAGACAAAUCAAGAAAUAGUGUAGAAAAGUAACAAAAUGUUCUAAGCUUUUGAGGGGUAUUAAGUAUGAAACACUAAUCAAUAAUUGUUUAAUGAAUUAUAAAAGGCAAAUAAGGAAAUAUAUAUGCAACUUAUACCACAGACAAAGUGCUAAUAUUGCUCCUAUUCAAAUGUCUUGGAAAAAUCAAGGGGGGAAAAUGGCCAACAAUCUGAUAGUAAAAUCAGCAAAAGAUAUGGACAGUCACAGAAGAGGAAGUGAAAAUGGCCCUUAAGCACAUGAAAAAAUACUCAGCAUCAUAUAAUAAGAGAUAGGCUAAUUAAAACUUCACUGAAAUAUGACUUCUCACCUACGUUUAUCAAAUUUCCCAAAGUUUGACAAUGUGCUCUGUUGAUGAGACUGUAGAGAAACAGGCAGGCAUCCUCUUACAUUGCAGGUGGCAAUACAAAAUAAAAGAAAUGUGGAGGGAAAUUUGUCAUAAUCUAGAAAAAGUGUAUGUGUGUUUCUCUUUGACCCAGGAAUCCUACUUGUAUGAAUUCACCCCAAAGCCACAGUGGUAACAAUAUGGACUGACAUUUGCACAAAAAUUUUUAUUACGACAUUAUUUGGAAUAGCAAAAAAUCAGAAAUACCCAAAUGUUCACAAAUGCAUGACUCAUUAAAUAAAAGCAUGUCCACACAGUAGAAUACUGUGAAACAUUUAAAAAAAUAAGAAAGAUAUCUAAAGAAAUUGUAGUGUCUAUAAUUUUUUUGCUAAUAUGAAAUGUUCUUCUAUCACUAUUUGAAAAAGAAAAGUAUAGAAAAAUAUGGACAGUAUGCUACCUUUUCUAUAAGAAAGAAGGGAUCAAAAUACAUAGACAUGCUUGCUUUAAAAAAACAAAUAUAGUUAUAUCGCAUGGGAUAGAGAAGACAGAAAAGAAAGCUAUACAUUAUAACUAUAUUUUGCUAUAUUUAAAUUUGGAAAAAUAUGCUUUACAUAUUUUUAUUGCCUUACAUAUUUAGCAAAUUAAAUAUAAAGGAAAACACAAUCUCUAAAAACUGAAAACAAACCAAAUGAACAGCCUGUGAAACAAAUUUGUUGCAUAGCCAUUCAGAAAAAAGAAAUACUUCAAGUGACAUUAGAAUACACAUUUUGAUUAUACAUAUUUAGUGUAAUAUAUUCUAGCAAAAAAUUGAGCAAUGAAGACGUCUUAAACUUUAAUAGUCAUACUGUUAGUGAUUGCUGUGAUCUGAAUGUUUUUGUCCCCCACCCCCACCCCAACCCCAUUCCCUGCAGCAAAUUUAUGUGUUGAAAUCUAAUCACCAAUGUGAUAGUAUUAGGAGGUGGGGCAUUUGGGAGGUGAAGCAGUCAUUAAUGGGACUAGUAUCCAUAUAUCGUGUGGGGCUCACACCUGUAAUCCCAGCAUUUUGGGAGGCCAAGACAGGUUAAUACUCAACAUAAACCUGGAACUACUUGUUGGUUGUAAAGCAAGGAAGCUAUCAAAGGCAAAAGGGUUAAGUCAGAAGGACAAAGGAGCUCAUAUAAAGCAGUCUCUUGACUAAAUAUGGACAACAUGUGUAAGAAAAAAGUAUAAGGAAUGCUUUUUAGGAAUGAAAAUCUAAAUAUGUUAUUACAAAUUUGUAUUGUAUAUAAUGGACUUAUAUUAAAAAAAUCAUACGUUUAUAAUUAUGUUCACAAUCCCUUAUUCCCCAAAAAAUGUUCCUAAUAACUCAUUUGUCACCAUUAGAAGUAUCUAGGACACUAACACCUGACUCUGAAAGUUAGCAAUGAAAAAGAAAUAUUUAAGCAUUUAUUCAGAUUUCCCUAUACUAAAUAUAGCUCACCAUAAUCAAAACGCCAAAAUUGUUGAAAGAUUUUCUUUACAGAAGAAUCCCAGCUAAUAAUUUUUUCUUAAAUGACCUUCCAAAUGACCAUUGUGCAACCCCUAAUGAAAUAAUUAAUUCAGGCAAAAAUGAUCAAUGAAAGAAACAAUUAGAUGAAAGAUUGAUAGAAGAACUUUACAAUGGAGACAUCAGUUUAUCACCUCAGCAUUACUAAAGACAAUCAGAUAUUUAGGAUGGAGAAGACAGAGGUAAAAGCUAUGUAACCCUACUUUGUUAUGUUAAAUUUGGAAAAAUACAUUUUACAUAUUUAAUGAAGCCAUAUUAAUAUGACAUGAUUUGAAGCACAUAUCCUUCCUUUAAGGUAUUUGUAUUAGUUUUAUAGGGCCACCGGUUAACAGAUUACCAUAAACUUGGUAGUUUUACAGCACGUUUAUUCUCUUACUGCUCUGGAGACUGGAAGUCUGAAGUCAAGGUGUCAGCGAGUUGCUUCUUACCUGGAGGCUGUGAGAGAAGAUCUGUUCCAUAUUCCUCUGUCCUAGCAUCCCUUGGCUGCCAGCAAUCCUGGGUGUUUCUUAGCUUAUAGACACAUGGCUCCAAUAUCUGCCUCUGCCUUCACCUUGCCUUCUCUGGCUCUUCUUUUCUGUUUAUGUCUUCUUUACAAGAACAUUUGUCAUCAGAUGUAGAGCCCAUAUGGAUAAUCCAAGAUAAUCUUACAACAACUUAAACUUAACUACACAUACAAAGACCCUGUAUCCAAAUAGGAUUGCAUCAACAGGUUCUAGAUGGACAUACAGUUUCCCUCGACAUGUAAGUGAGGACCCUGUGGAAUUCACUUAUAUGAAAGGUCAGCCCUCCAUAUUUAUCGGGUUUAGCUGAAAGAAAGCCAUGUAUAAGUGAACCCAUAUAGUUGAAACCCCGUUGUUCAAGGGUCAACUGUCUGUUUUAGGAAGCCACUAUUCAACCUGCAAAAGUACUCUUCCACAAAAAUGUUGAACCUGAAUCUAAGCCUCCAUGUUGUUCAAGAGUCAACUGUCUACUUUAGGGAGCCAUCGUGUAACCUACCAGAGUAUUCUCCCCCGAAAAAUGUUGUAGCUGAAUAUAAGUAAGCCUCCAGCUGCACUGUCCAAUAUGGUAGACAUUAGUCACACUGAAAUUUAAUUUUUUAAUAUUUUUUGAGACAAAGUCUGCUCUGUCACCCAGGCUGGAGUGCAGUGGCACAAUCUCAGCUCAUUGCAACCUCCGCCUCCUGGGUUCAAGCAGUUCUUCUGCCUCAGCCUCCCGAAUAGCUGGAACAACAGAUGUGCGCCACCACACCCAGCUGAUUUUUUGUAUUUUAGUAGAGAUGAGAUUUCACCAUGUUAGCCAGGAUGGUCUUGAUCUUCAUGACCUCAUGAUCCACUUGCCUUGGCCUCCCAAAGUGCUGGGAUUACAGGCGUGAGCCACCGUGCCAGGCCCUAAAUUUUAAUAAUUAAAAUUUUGUACCUUAGUCAUACUAGCCACAUUUCAAGAGUUCAGUAUCCACGUGUAGCUAGUGGCUGCUGUAUUAGAUAGCACGGAUAUAAAACAUUUCCAUUUCUGUCAUCACAGAAAAUCUUAUUGGAAAGCACUGCUCUAGAAGUUACUGUUCAUAAACCAGACAUUUGGGAAAUGGAGAAAUAAGUUAAAUCACCUCACAAGAAAAUAAACAGAGAAAUCAGCAUGUGGGACCAACUACAGGAAGAUCAGCCUGUUUUCUGCAAUAAUCCAAUGAUGUGGAAAAAAUAAAAAGCAAAAAGGAAAAAGAGUACAGAUCAAUACAUUUAAUGAGACUUAAGGAAACACCAAAUUUAAUGUAUAGGUAUUUUUACAACCUGAUUCAAAUUAAUCCUCUGGGAAAGACAGACAUUUUUAAGGCAUUUGGAAAAAAUUUGUUUAUGGACUAGGUAUUAAGAUGAUACCAAAGAAUAAUUGUUAAGUUUUUAGAAAUUAACAAUUUAGGAAUAAUUUUUAGGUAAAACAAUGGCAUAAUAAAACAUUCAUGA